UCUAGCUGCGCUGAUGUGUGCGGAAGUACCGCAUAAUCCGAGACCCUAACAGCUGGAGACGCUUCGUGCCAAGAGCUCAACAUCGGAUCAUACACCGGUAUUAAAGGACCAGGCGUUUACAGGGAAGUGCUGCCAGAGAUGGACGGUAAUUUAACGCUGCAUUUCGCCAACUUCAGCACUCUGUUCGUAUGCAUGGUGCUGAAGUUCCCGCAGAUAAUUGUACUGAUGCGGGCCAAAGCGACCACUGGAGUCAGUUUGAACAGUCUGCUGCUGGAGCUGGUCGGGUUUAUAGUGUUCAUGUCCUAUCAGAUGUACUAUGAUUAUCCACCCCUUACAUACCUGGAGUAUCCGAUCCUCAUAGCACAAGAUGUCGUCCUGCUUCUUUUGAUUCUACAUUACAACAGGAACAUGAAGCACAGCCUCAUAUAUGCCGCAGUGUUUGUUGGUGGAUGGCAGCUGCUGACAGUACAAAAAUGGGUGAUUGAUCUGGCCAUGAGUCUGUGUACAUUAAUUAGUGCAGGAAGUAAGCUGGCACAGCUUCAGUGUCUAUGGCGUUCGAAAGAUUCUGGACAGGUCAGCACUCUCACCUGGGGUCUGGCCACAUAUACAUGCCUGACGAGGAUCUUCACUACCAUGAUCACCACAGGAGACACACAAGUCCUCAUUCGGUUUGUCAUCAUGAGCAUUCUGAAUAUGUGGGUGACUGCGACAGUGAUCCACUACAAACCUCAUGCUGUGAAACAGGAUUAAGACCCGUCGCUAUGGGUAUAUCAUCACUUCCUCCUGUUACAUGUAAUGUUACCAAAGUAGUUUUUGAAGAAUGGACGGAAACAUACCUCACACUGAACUGGAUUCAGGUCAGGUGCUAUUUGGAUGUAGCACUUAUGUUAAGAUGUACUGAAUUUGGGUAAGUGUAUACUAUAAUUAAGAAAAUUAAAAAAAUCACCAUAAUGCUCUUAAGCUCAGAGUUCCCAUAUCAAUUUUAUCAUAGUAAGUGAAGUAUGUUUUUCAGUGUCAAUAACAUGGCCCUUUUCGUGUAUACAUGAAAUAGUAAAGUAAUGCGCCUUUUAUAACAUAGUAUAUAAACUUAAUACUUCUAAUAUUCCUUUGCUUGGAGGAAAAAUGGCAAUGUGUUGUAAUGUGUUUUUGCAGCUGUAAAUAUGCAUUACAGUAUGUGUCCACAAAAUAUUAGAUGCAAAAAGUGCCCUUUUAUUUACAGAUCUCACAUCAGAAUUAUGAGACCUCUUUCUGGCCAUAGAGUGUUCUGAAAAAAUACAUUCCAAGAGAUAAAUACUACUGAUAAUCAGUAAGAUGUAUCAUUCCCAUAUUCUAGCCUUGGUCACACUUCCUUAUUACGCCAGGGAGGGUUCUCUCCAGUAUUCCCUGUUGUUUAAAUGUUUUUGUCUCCAAAUUGAUUGCUGAUGAUCAAUCACUACCAAUAUAUUCACUUGAAUUAUGAAGUUAAUACAUGUGUCUAUAUUCCAAAAUGGUUUAUUUUGAAGUUAGAAUACUGUUUGAAAAAUUGUCUUUUCUAGUUUUUUGACCAGCGUUCAGCCUAUGCACAAUUAUAAUUGAUAUGAUAUGAUAUGAGGUUGCUGCACAACCUAUAUAUAUCUGUUUGGAUAUAUACUGUAGUUCAUAUGGGGUUAUGUUUACAUACAUUGAAAAAUGCACUGUGACUUUUUCAUUGAGCAAUAUCUGUGUUACAUAAGAUAAGUCAUAAUGGUUACAGGGUUUUACACAUUACUAGUUGCGGUAAUAAUUUUAUAUUAAUGCAAAAGCAUAAACCAUGGAACUCUUCUGAUCUCCACACUUUGACCAAACAUUGUUCUAGUUCCAGUAUAACCAGUUUAUUACUCCAAAAAUGAUCAAGAAGAACCAUGAAGAUUUCACCUUGCAGUGUAUGUGUGGGUCACAGAAGUUAAGAGAUGCUUAGAUCUAUAGCACAACUAAUGUCUGUCUUAUAUAAGUACUUUAAUAUAUAUGACAUCUUCUGUAUUUUAUAAACUUGUGAAUCAAUAAACAUUUUACGUGGAUGGUAGCGUGUUGUUUUUUUUAAACUACUUGCAGUAUUCAGUUGCAGUUUUU